UCAUAUACACUUGUUCACGGCUUUGUUUAUACUAACAGCAGCAUGUUGCGGUGAGUUUAUUCGGGAAUUUAAUGAAUCGUUUAUUCAAAGAUCGAAUCACACAGAAUUGCGUGUUCUUUCAAUUGACGUUAAACUAAGAAAAUCAAAACGAAAAUGAUCUUUGGCAAUAAUAUUCAACUCUAACAUUAUCAAAGAGCAGUCAAAACUGGUUAGGAUAUAUAAUGGCAAGACACAGCAGCAGCCACUCUUCUGCUGAUCAUCAUUACUCAGCACUUCAAGUUUCAGAGUAUCAAUCAUAUCAAGAAUCAUUUGCAGCAAAAUCAGAUGCUACUUGUGAAUCAUCUUCCAAGGAAAAAACAGAACAAAAUGGUGGAGAGAAUCUACAGACCAUAAGUAGUCAAAGAUUGCAUCAUGCUAGUGGGGAAGACUUUACUAUUGCUUCAAGAGAAAACAUUGUCAUGUGUCCUACAGACAUCCCUGUUGAGGAAGGAAAACUUUUAGACAAUAAAUUUAAUGACCUAAAUGUAAAUAUAGACGAUACAAGCAUUUGUAAAGAAAACCAAGCCUUUACAUUAGACACAAUACCCAUUGAGAUUCUCUUGCACAUAUGCACUUUCUUAGAAGCUGGUGAGAUCAUUGGCAGCAUGUCCAAAGUUUGCAAAACCUUUCAGGAACUGUUCACAGAUGAAAGUUACUGGAGAAUACGCAUUGCCAAGAGAUGGCCAAAAAAAUAUCCUCCAGUUUCUUGUCAGAAUAUUGACUGGCAGGGUGCAUGCAUAGAUCGCGAGCGAAGUCACCGUGUCUGGUCUCAUCCUGAACAGCAUCUUGAACAUUUCACUUUCAAUGAAGGACUGUUUGCAGCAGUUGAUGUUGUUCAUCUUUUGCAGGAAGGGCACUUUCUGGCUGCAGGAUCACGUGAUCGCUACCUGACUCUGUUAGAUCUAAGAAAAUAUGACACUUCACGUCCUGAGACCAAAAAAGACCUGAAGCUGCACUGCAUCAAUAAAGCUCACAAUGGCUGGAUAUGGUCUAUGGCUUCAUUGGGAACACAGCUUUUUACAGGUUCUUGGGAUACAACAAUCAAAGUCUGGGAUCUGGUGGAAGGUCAGGCUGUCACAGCUCACAAAUGCAAAUCUGCAGUUUUGGGUCUCUAUGCAGAAGCGAAUCUCCUUGUUGGAGGUUGCUUUGACAAGAAAGUAUAUUUUUUUGACCCUCGUCAGGAGUCUCCAGUCAAGGUUAAGCGAUGGCAUCGACAACCAGUUCUGUGUGUGACAGGAGAUGAUCGAUAUAUCGUGGCAGGCAGUGAGGAUAAAAGUAUCUCAGUGUAUGAUCGAAGGGCAGAAGCUGUGUUUAAAUCUGUGCAUGUAGAAAGCUAUCCUUUAGACAUGAGUUACCACUGCAACCAGUUGUGGUAUGGAGAUAAACAUGGUUUUCUGAAUCUUAUUGAUGCAACACUGGGAAAUUUUGAACUUGUACAGCGUUACAAUGUUGGGCACACUGACAAAGUGACAGGGGUGGUGCACACUACUGGAGCUAUCUAUACUUCAUCUAAUGACAAGACCAUCAAGGUUCUGGAACCAAGUGUUGAUCCCCAAGCAAUUGUCACUCUACAAAAACAUGACAGUGGUGUAGCAAGGAUCGAUUUCAAGAAUGGAGUUUUGGCAAGUGCGGGUUGUGACAUAUCUGUUGGAAUCUGGAGGCCAAAGUGUGACUGGGGGUGGCAGCGUUUUUAAGAUAAUAUUUACCAACAAAAUUAAAUUUCAGACAACAACUUUCAGGUCAUGAUAAAACUUUUUACUAGUGUUUUAAGCUGCUUUUAGAUUUGGGAAUUAGAGAGAAAAUCCAGUACUUGAAGUUGAUGGAUUUGUGACUGAAUUUAAUUUUGAGAAGCUAUGCAGACAGCCUGCAAGUUAGAAAAAAAUAUGAGCUAAAUGCUUUCAGAAGUGUAUCCUAAUUAUUUUCCUGUGAUGUAAAAAUGUGCAAAGUGGGUUAACAGCUUUUUACAAGCGUUUGUAGAAAAAUAUAGAUAUCUUGAGAAAUGUCUGUGCAUUUGUUGUUUAACAUACUGACUCUCACUUUUCUUCUGAGAGAAUGUAUUGUCUGUACAUCCCUGCCAUCUUCAGAGACUUCAGUGACACAUACACUGAAAAGGUUUGAAAAUGUUCCAAAGAAUGAAGAUGAACACCACCUGUUGUCAGAUUGCUUGUUUGAAAAAAUGGUGUAGACUGAUCUAUGCAGCCCCAAUAAACUUUUAGGCCAACUGGCAGCAGAGACUUGAUGCACAGGAGUCACAUCACAGAAUAUCUGCUAUUUGUCAUGAUAAUGGCAUUCCAGUGUACAUCUGUGCUUCCUUAUUUGGACUGUGGAGUCACUUGAGAAGCCACAGACAUAAAUGAAUCACAAAUCUUCUUCCUCGUACAUGAAGGACAACCAACUGCUAAGUUUUUUAAAGUAGAUUUAAAAAAAAAAUAACCACAAUGUUUCCAUCAAAAAUGUUAAAAACAAAGCAGUGGCUGAUUGAAAUUUUUAUUAUUCUUUCUUUCCCUUUUAGAAGGACAUUUUCAAAAUCAAAGAUCAGUUCUAAAUGUAGCAUGUGUCUGUGUGUGCAAGUGCAAAUAAGUGGAUGCAUUUAACUGUGUUCAUUACAUGUAGCUGUGCUCUGUAGGCUAUUUAGCUUGUCAUUCUUCUUAAAACAAUAGUUAUAGUGUGAUAAAAAUUACUAAUUGUGGAAAGAAUAAUCAUAUGAAGAGGCUUUUAAACUUUUCUUUCCUGUACUUGUUAAUUAGAAGGUGUACAACUAAGUAGGUCUCAUUGUUGCCUUCUUUACAAGCUCGUGUAAUGUCUGAAAGGAUGAGUGUUAUUUCCUUUUGUGGCUCCUACUAGAAUUCUAUGACUUUCUUCUAUAAUAUCAUCCAAGUUUAGAAAUACUUUUUUUCUUUCGGUUCUCUUGUAAUUUCUCUCUGCCCGUGUCACCUUCGCCAAAUCCUGCAUGCCUUAUUUUCGGCCCUCUGUUUUUCUUUUUCUUAUUUGCGUUUUUCUUUUUCUUAUUUGAGUUUUUCUUAUAUGCCAUGUUUUUAAAAAAAAAAAAAUUUUAACCACUGUGCUGUCCAUGGAGCUUCCACUGUGUUUUGAAUCAACCAUUACAAUUAAUAUGGGAUGUGUGGUGCAUGAAACUAUUAUCCAUCAUUUGAAAUAUUUGAAGGGCUUCAACUGUAUUGUGAACUGUGUAUGGCUGCCUAAAUAAUCAAUAAGCCCGUCAAAGAACCAUUUAAUAGUCAAAGUCUGCUCGAACAUGACCAGACCAAUUGGGCCCACAGGCUACUGAUCUCAACAUUUUACAAUCUGAAUACAUUGCUUUCUAUUAAAAUGUAAUCUAUAUUCAUAUGUCAUAAACAACAUAUGACCUGGCUUUGUAACAUGGCCAGAACUUACAUAAAAUGGCCCUAUGCAAACAUUAAAUUCAUGUUCUUAGUACAUUCUGUGAUGGCACUGAUGUUUAAUGUCAGAGAUAAAUUUUUUCUGCUGUCAGAAAUUUGGGUUAAGGCAUAUUUGACUAGCAUCAGUAUCAUAAUAAUAAUUGUAUUUAUAAUGUGCUGCUAUCAUCAGACCCAUAAGACAGUUUAUUCACAUCCUACUGACUUCCAUCAUUGAAUUUACCAUUUUGACACUGAUUGGUAUAGUGGACGUUUUUCUGUUGCUGUCACUUUUUGGCCUUUGAGCUUUUAUUGGUGUUGUUGUGAGGCCUUAAAAACACCAGGUUCUUCUGUUAGCAUAUUUAACAAUUCAAGCAAAUGCACACUUUAAAUAGUUGUGUAUUGGAAGGGUCCUUUACCUCUUACAAAAAGUCUGGGCUUUCAUGUGGAGUUUUCCAUGUUUCAUUGUUAAAAAGUUAUCUUUAGUGUGUAUUACUAUUCUUGUUGACUUUCUCAUACAUGGGUGCAAGAAAUAAAACAAAAAUAAAAAAUAAGCAUUAAAAUUGAUUUGGUUUUUAUAAAACCAACUUUUUUGGUAUGUUCUGCUUUGGCAACAUGCUCAGUUGUGCCAUCAAGUAUUGUAGUAUUUUUCAGUUAACAAUUUGUAAGUAACUAUGUAUGUUAUGUAUUUUUGCUAUGCUGUGAUUUUCAUACAUUUUUUUCUUCACAUUAGCUCCUUUGGAUGUGUCCUCAGUAUGUUAAGCAUUUUCUGUGAUAUUCUUUUAAAUCUUUGGAAUAGUCAUGCAGUCAUGCCUCAUUUUCAAUGCCAUUCCUUAUGUUAAGCUGUGAUCCAGAAAACAAAACGAAAAAUGUAUUUUGUUGAUAGCAAGCAACUGAGGGUUUUCUCUCAUUUCCAUAGCAAUCUGAUGAAAAAUCUAGAUACUCAAAACAUCCUAUACAGAUGUACAGUCACAUACAUGAAGUAUGAAAAGUGAUUGAGGCAUUGUGGAUGGUUUCUAGCUGUAACCAUAUAAACAUGCACAAAUAGCAGGGAUCUUGUGAAACAUCAUUAAAAAUAAAGCCUGAAAUACCGUGAAA